AUGAUCAGAAUCGUUUUUGGUUUCUUGUUUAUUAGUAAUUUUUGUGCAUAUCGAAUUAACGAGAAUUUAAUAUAAGAAAGGCAAGGACAACUUAAUGAAAAUAAUGAAUUGUAAGCGUAAGAGUACUCUGAAAAAUUAUAAUAGUGCUUUGAUAAUGAAUUAGAAGCAAAGCAUGAAUUAGAGAAUGUAAUGAAGUUUGAUGAAAACACUAUAGGAUUUGGAGAUGGAGUUGAUGUAUAUGAAUAGGAGGAGAAGAGAGAACUCAAGGAUUCAAAAAAGGGAAAUAAAAUAUUUGGAUUUGGAAAAGGUAAAAAUGUUUAUGAAGAGGAAGAGAGAAAAGAAUAGAAUAAUGUUAAUGACAAGGUUAGAGGAUUUGGAAAAGGAGAAGAUGUUUAUGAAGAUGUUUAGGAGAUUAAUAAAGAUGUCGAUGGAUUUGGCAAAGGAGUGGAAGUUUAUGAGGUUGAAAAACAAGAAAAGGAGUCGUCAGAAGAGAAUGGAUUUGGAGAGGCUCUUGGAACAAUUGAUGAUUAUGAGUAAUAAAUGGAGGAUUAGGACUCAUAUGUUCAAUUGUCUGGAAAUUUAAGAAGGAAAGCAUGA